GUUAUAUAUACAUACAUACAUAUAUUACAAUGAGUGAAUCAGCCUCAAUGAAAUUAUUUAAGAAAACUUGUGCUCAAGUCAAAAAGAGUUUCACGAGUUAUAAAAAUUUGGGUGCUGAAAGAAAAUCCAAGAGUUAUUUGCAUGUUCGAUUGAGUGUUUUAGAUGAUAACUAUAAGAAAAUUAGUAGUCUUUUCGAUGACAUUCAGAAAUCAGAUGAAAGCGAAGAUGUAGCGGAUAAGUGUGAAGAAUUAUAUGAUUUCAUUGUCGAAAUGUGUCUCUGUUAUAAAUCAGACAUUCUAAACGAUUUAGAAGAAUUGGUGAAGUUAGAUGGUGGUCAAUCUGGUGAAGCCACUAGAAAGGUAGAAAGGAAUGAUGAAUCUCAUUUUAAUAGUACUAUGAAAACACCACAUGUACAUGAGAUUAAGCUUCCUCGUAUAACUCCUCCAACCUUUUAUGGAGAUUACAAUACUUGGCGUCCUUUCCAUGACCUUUUUGUGUCAUUGAUACACAACAAUUCUUCUUUAUCGAAUAUCGAGAAAUUGACAUAUUUAAAAUCAUGUUUAAAGGGUAAUGCUGCAUCAUUAUUAGACUAUUUAGAGGUUAAUAAUGAUAAUUAUGAUGAGGCUUGGGAAAUUUUGACAACACGCUACGACCACAAAAGAAUUUUAGUCAACUCACAGUUAAAAUCAUUUUUUGAGCAGCCAAUAAUUAAGGUUGAAACGUCAGAUUCCAUCAAGUGUCUGUUAGAUAAAUCGAAAGAAGUGCUUCAUGCUUUGAAGAACUUAGGUGUGCCAGUAGAAAGUUGGGAUGUUUUCGUGAUUUUCACAUUGCUACAAAAACUACCUAUAAAAACACAACAGUUAUGGGAAGAAAAGCUUGGAUUAACAAAGGAGCUACCUUCUUUCCAUGAAUUUUCAGUUUUUUUGGAAACUCGUUUUCGUUCUUUAGAAGUUGUUUGCCAAUCAGGGUUGAAGUCAUUAGAUUCCACUAGUAAGGAACCAUCUAAAUUCAAACCAAGAGUAUUUCACUUGAAUUCUACAAGGAAGGAUACUCGUAGUUGUGCAGUAUGUCAUCGCGGUCAGCAUACACUUCGCUCUUGUUACUCAUUUUUAGAUUUGGAUGUACCUGAAAGAAUGAAGAUAGUUAAACAAAUAGGAGUUUGUGAAAAUUGUUUGGCUUACAACCAUAAAACAUUCAAAUGUCCGAGUGAGAAACGAUGUUAUCACUGCAGACAGAAACAUCACUCACUUUUACACGAUUCUCAUUCUACUCAGCAGUCAUUUAACAAUCAACCUUCAUUUUCUCAAGAUUCACAGUUCAACAAUUCACAGCCGUCUAAUUCGCACAAUUCACAACCACAUCGUAGAAAUCCAAUACCAGAUUCAAAUCAAAAUAGCUAUCCAGUAUCAACACAAAUCAAUCCAAACGCUCCAGCAUUUCAUCCAGGUAGUGAUCAAGCUUCAUCAACGAACACCACUCGCAGUUAUCACCUCUCAAAUCAAGCGAAUUCUUUCGUUCUACUUGCCAUAGCAGUAGUUCAGAUUCAGUCAUUGAACGGAGAGUUUGUGAAUUUGAGAGCGCUGAUAGAUCCAGGUUCAGAAGCAACAUUCAUCACCGAAGCAGCAGCACAACAACUUAAUUUAAGAAAAUGUCGUACCCUUGUCGAAGUCUCUGGAUUUGGAAAUAACAAAACAGGUUCUUGUCAAAGCUUUGUCAACAUAAAAUUAAAAUCGAUACAUACCUCAUUUGAGAUAGGUGCUAGGGCGUUCGUUUUUAAAACUUUAACUGGUUUACUUCCCAAUAAAGAGUUUCUUCCACAUCAAUGGACCCAUAUUCAGGGUUUGAGUUUAGCCGAUCCCUCAUUUCACAAACCUGCUAACGUUGACUUGCUAUUAGGUAGUGAUGUUUUUAGUGAAAUAGUUCUGCCGGAGAUAGUCAGGGGAACAGAAGCAGUUGCUCCAAUUGCUCAAAACACUCAACUUGGAUGGAUCGUCUUUGGUAAGGUACCUGUCGAAACAUUUCGGAUACACUUGCAGUUUGUCGACAUCGAUUCACAACUUCGCAAAUUUUGGGAAAUUAAAGAAACACCGUUCGAUGAACCUGAAGCUGCGGAAGACGCUGCUUGUGAGAAGCAUUUUCAGAUGAACACCUGCCGUUUACCAGAUGGAAGAUUUGAAGUUGCCUUACCAUUCAAGGACGGUGAUAGACCUGCACUUGGAAACAGUCAGCAAGGAGCCUUCAGAAGAUUUCUUCAACUCGAACGAAGACUCAACAACAAUCCAGAGUUACACAAACAAUAUGCAGCUUGCAUUUCCGAGUACCUUCAACUAAAUCACAUGGAAGAAGUAGAUGUCAGCCAAGGAAUUCUUAAUUCACCAUUCUAUUAUGUCGUGCCUCAUCAUGCUGUAUUUAUGGAGUCCAGUACCACAACGAAGUUGCGAGUAGUUUUUGAUGCUACCUUCAAAACUUCUGACGGAACGUCCUUGAACGAACAUCUUUUGGUUGGACCUAAGACACAAUUAAACAUUAUGGACAUCAUUUUAAAAUGGAGAACUUUUAAGAUUACCUUGACAGCGGACAUUGAAAAAAUGUACCGGCAAAUUCAAAUGAGAGACCAAGACACGCUUUAUCAGCUAAUUUAUUGGAGAAGUGACAACCAGAGUCCUUUGAAGCUGUAUCGUUUAAAAACAGUAACUUUUGGAACCGCAUCUGCUCCUUACUUGGCAACACGUACUUUGAAUAAGCUCGCUGAUGAUGAAAGGCAAAAUUAUCCAUUAGCAGCUGAUAUGAUAAGACAAGACAUGUACGUUGAUGAUUUAGUAAGCGGAGCAGACUCAAUUUACAAAGCUCAACAGAAAGUGACCGAAAUCAACCAACUCUUAUUAUCAGCUGGCUUCCAUCUUCGGAAAUGGGCCAGUAAUUUUGAAGAAGCUCUUGUGAACAUCGCUCAUCAAGACCGUGCAGUUGAUUUCAUGCUACCCUUUGAGUCAGCAGAACACAUCAAGACUCUUGGAAUCAAAUGGCUUCCUUACAGUGACUCCUUUUCUUUUCAGUGGACCAAAUCCGAAUCAGUAGAAGUCACCAAACGAGAAGUUCUUUCAACUAUUGCCAAACUUUUCGAUCCCCUUGGAUGGAUUUCACCAUGUGUGAUUUUGGCAAAAAUCAUUAUGCAAAAGUUAUGGGUGAAGGGUUUGGCAUGGGAUGCACCUGUUCCGCCAGAACUGCAGCGAGAAUGGUUAUCUCUACAAACACAACUACCAGUUCUUCAAGAUAUCAAAAUUCAACGUUGGAUGCAAACUGAAAAGAAUAAUUUAAAAGUAGAAUUACAUGGAUUCAGCGAUGCUUCAAUGAAGGCUUAUGGAGCUGUAGUUUAUUUACGGACCUUGGACAAAAAUAAUAAAAUUCACACCAACCUUGUUAUGUCGAAAACUAGAGUUGCACCACUCAAUACUAUAUCGCUUCCUCGACUUGAAUUAUGUGGUGCUGUGAUGUUAGCUCGACUUUUAAACUAUGUUCAAAAGGUCUUAAAAUUAAAUGAUGUCAAAACGUUUGCGUGGACGGAUUCUAUGAUAACUUUAUGUUGGAUUGCUGCACCGCCAUCAAAAUGGAAAACAUUUGUUAGUAACAGAGUUGCCGAAAUACAGAGAUUAACAAAUGUCAACAUCUGGAAUCAUGUUCCUACAAAACAGAACCCAGCAGAUUUUGCGUCCAGAGGAGUUUCACCAUUGGAACUUAAAGACAACUGUCUUUGGUGGCGAGGACCAGACUACCUUCAAUCCGAUUGGAAGUUUUCGAGCCCAAGUUCAACAUCAUCGUUUGAAACAGAAGAAGAAAUGCGUCCAGAAAAAAUCCACCUGCAUUGCGUCGUUGAAACUGAAAAUGAAGUACAAAAAUUAAUUAACAAAAUUUCAGAUUUUAAACAACUCGUACGAACCAUUGCUUACUGCCGGAGGAUUGCAUUCUUUUUUGUUAAAAAAUUAUCACAAGACCAGUUAAAAAGCCCAAUUUCAACAACCGACAUUAGAAAUGCAACCUUUAAUUGCAUUAGAGUAGUACAGAGACAGCACUUUUCAGAAGUAUUCAAGGAUUUGACAAAGCAUCCAACAUCAGGUAAACAUUUUGGAUCAUUAAAUCCCUUUAUUGACAGUCAUGGAAUACUACGAGUAGGAGGACGUUUACAAAAUUCAAAUUUACAAUACGAACAGAAACAUCCAAUUAUUUUAAAAUCUAGCAAUCUCUUCACAGAACUUUUGAUUAGGGAGGCGCAUGAAAACACUUUCCAUGGUGGAAUACAACAAACGAUCGCAUAUAUAAGGACAAAAUAUUGGAUUUUCAACCUAAAAACUAGUGUUAAAAAAUAUAUUCACCACUGUACUAUCUGUUUUCGUUUUGGAGCGAAACCGUUACAGCAAUUAAUGGGAAAUCUUCCAGCUCCCCGAGUAAGAAUCUCGCGACCAUUUACCCACAUCGGGGUAGACUAUGCUGGACCGAUAGAUGUCAAAUCUUGGAAAGGCCGUGGAGGAAAAACGUUCAAAGGAUAUUUCUCCAUAUUUGUAUGUUUAGCAACCAAGGCAAUACACCUUGAAGCUGUCACCGAUAUGACAACUCAAACUUUUUUGGCAGCCUUUCGAAGAUUUACAGCACGUCGAGGUAUUUGCACAGAAAUCUACAGUGACUGUGGAAAAAACUUCGUAGGAGCGAAUUCCGAACUUCAAAAAAUGCUGAAGGCCGCAAAUUUCGACUGGAAGCAAGUCCAAUUAGCAACAACCAACAUCGGAACAAAGUGGAAUUUUAUUCCUCCCGCUUCCCCGCACUUUGGAGGUCUAUGGGAAGCAGGAGUGAAAUCUGUUAAAUUUCACUUAAAGCGGAUCGUUAGGAACGAGACCCUUACAUUUGAGGAACUCAGCACACUUCUAACUCAAAUAGAAGCAUGUUUAAAUUCGAGGCCUCUAUGUCCUUUAUCCGACAACUUUGAAGACUUCGCCAUUUUAACACCAGCACACUUUCUAAUUGGAACAUCAAGUUUUCUUGUACCAGAAGCAGAUAUAAACGACGAAAAAAUUACUCAUCUAAAUAGAUGGAAUAAAAUGCAAGCAGCCGUCAACUCAUUCUGGAAGCAGUGGAGCGGAGAGUACUUAUCUCGAAUGCAACGUCGACCAAAAUGGUUACACCAACAGCCACAACCUCAAGUUGGAGAUUUAGUAUUGCUAAAAGAUGAACGCCUGCCACCAUCGCAAUGGGCUCUUGCACGUAUUACCUCACUAGUACAAGGAGCUGAUAAGCUUACACGUGUCGUAACUAUAAAAACAAAAUCAGACGAAGAUGGAGUUGAGAACUAUGUUCACGCCGGGGAGGAAUGUUGAGCUAAGAAACAGAACGCCACCCACCAACUAGUCUUCAAUUUGAUUGUUUUUAUAAAGUUAUAUAAUUGUAAAUGUCAAAUUCAAAUUCUGCUUAUCAUGUUUCAUUUUUAUUGUUAUACCAUUAUGCCUAUUUUGUGACAAUAAUGUCAAGAAAAUAAAUCAUUCUUCUUUAUAACGUUGGAACGAAAA